GUGUAAAAUAUCGCUGUCCAAUUCUUGAAGCGUGACAUGCAAUAUCGUUUUUUAUAGGAUAACCUGUACGCGCAUGUCGCAUGUAUACCUAACCUACGAAGACGUUAUCGUAGACGUGUCGCAUAUUUAGCGGUGUGAUCAACAUUGAUCAACACGUCGUACUUCGCAAUCGUUGGCCAGUUGCUAGCAGUCGCUUGUGAACAGUCAGUUGUUGAUACAAAGAAAACGACGUUUAAAAAUUUUGUAAAAUGUCAGACGUGAGAGAUUGGUUCAGCUCCUUACCAGUAUUUACGAGAUACUGGUUGCUAUGCACCGCUGUCUUAACAUUGCUCGGCAGAUUUGACUUUCUUAGUCCGUAUUUGCUAAUACUGUGGCCCGAUCGAUUUCUAAACAAUUUCGAAAUUUGGAGAGCAGUGACAAGUGUUUUCUAUUAUCCUCUCAGCCCGGGUUCGGGCUUUCAUUUUUUGAUCAAUUGUUAUUUCCUAUAUAAUUAUUCGUUAAGGUUAGAGCGAGGAGAGUAUGAUGGCAAGCCAGCGGAUUAUUGUUUCCUUUUGUUGUUCAACUGGAUAUGUUGUGUCAUUAUUGGGCUGGUUGGUGAUUUUCCCUUGCUCAUGGAUCCCAUGGUACUCAGUGUGUUAUACGUAUGGUGUCAGCUGAAUAAGGAUGCUAUUGUAAAUUUCUGGUUUGGCACACAAUUUAAGGCUAUGUACCUACCCUGGGUCUUGUUUGGAUUUAACUUGAUUAUUUCUGGAGGUGGGAUGAUGGAGCUGUUUGGCAUUCUGGUUGGACAUUUAUAUGUCUUUUUGAAGUUUAAGUAUCCUCAAGAACUCGGUGGACCAGAAUUAUUAAAUACUCCAAGAAUACUUGAAAGUUAUUUCCCGCCUCAAAGAAGUGGUGUUCGAUCAUUUGGAGCUCCGCCGACACACAGGCCAGCAAGGGAACAAAAUGCUCAAGGAAGAAAUAUAUUUGGGGGACAUAAUUGGGGAAGAGGUCAUAUAUUGGGUCAACAGUAAUUAAAAAAUUUUGCUUACAAAAAAAUCAUUGGUUAUAAUAAAAUGUAUCAUAUACAUUUCAUAUUCAUAAUAGUAAUACUUGUUUCCUUAUGUUUUUGUAUCAUUGAUUCUUCCAAGUGUUUCUGUAAACUUUUGUAUAACUCCAGUGAUUAAAACAUGGGCUCAGAAGAUGAA